CUUUCCCGCUGCAGAAUUGUGCCUAGGUCACAUAUCUAUUAUACUCGCCACGGUUCCCUCAAGUUUGAAUUUCCUUAUUUUCCCUCUCUGUGUCUUUUCCUUUUCUUCACAUAUUGCCCAAAUCUUGUUCGUAGAAAUGCCCGAACAAAAAUUCAAACCCACAGAACAAAUACCCACAACUGCUCUUAGAAGAUCCCCGAGGUUUCUCCAGUCUAAUCAACCCGAACAAGGAAACCCAGUAAGCAGAAAAUCUGAACCCAGUAAAAUUUGGCUCCAGAAUUCUUGUCCCACCCCCAUUUGCUCCGCAUUGCAAAGUUGCUCGAGCAAAACCCAGAAGGAUGAAGUUUCCACGAAGCAAAAGGGAACAGCUAUUUUCUCUAAAAGAUUGAAAAAAUUGAGUAAUGGGUCAAGAAGAUACACGAGAUCUGAUGGUAGAGCUGAUAUGAGAAACAAUGGGAAAGACAUUGAUUUGGGGAAUAAAUAUGUGAUAGAAAGGAGGGUGACCCGGAGAUUCAAAGAAGAAGUUUCAAGGAAGCAAAAGGAAAUGGAUACCGGGUCGAGAAGGUUGAAAAAACUGACUACUGGGUCAAGAAGAUACGCGACAUCUGAUGGCAGAGCUAGGAAGAAAAAUGGAGAAGGCAUGGAUUUGUGUAAGCAAUAUGUGAUAGAAAGGAGGGUAACUCGGAGUUUGACUAGGGAAAAUAGGAAUGUAAUUGUGGAGGUUACUGAAUGCGUUCCAACGAAUGAUUGCAGUAACAGAGCAACGGUUUUGUCAGACGAAGGAAAGGCUGAAUUGGGUGUAAAUUUGUCUGCACAAUUUGCUCGUAACGCUGAGAAAAGGGUCGUUCCUUGGCCUGGUCGAGUGACAUUCAGCGAGCACUUUGAGAAGGGCAGCAAUGAUUCGACUGAUUGUUUGAAUAAAGUAAAGGCGAAAGGGUCAUUACCUAAACAAAGUAUAAGUAAAUUUGACGAGCAUGAAUGGGAUGCUAUAAUUGCUGGAGGAGAUGAAAAGGAAGGGAAUGGGUGUAGAGGAAAGACAUUGAUCCAUGAGAACAGGAGUAGAAGUCGAAUAGAGGAAGGGCAUAGCAUUGUUAAAGGAUGGACUAAGGAACAAGAUUUGGCAUUGCAAAGAGCUUAUUUUACUGCAAAGCCAACGCCUCACUUCUGGAAGAAAGUAGCUCAGAUGGUGCCUGGAAAAUCUGCACAGGAAUGUUUCGAUAGAAUUCAAUCAGAAAACUUGACUCCAUCUCAACCUCGAGCGUGUUCAAGGGUAAGGAAAAAGAAUGAAUCACCCCUCUCGCUUUCUGCGGGUAAAUUGCUGAAUUCUGCUGAAACAAAAAUUAAAAAAUUUAGAUCCAGCAAGAGGAAGAGCCUUCUUGCACUGAAGACUGUAAGACAACUAAUAGAAAAGCAGCAGAAUACAGAUUAUGAAGCAGAUUUGUUUACAGUUCUUGAGCCGACAACAAGUCCGUCUACUCAAUUUUUUCAGGAGAGUGCAGAAUUUGCCACCCCAGAACAGAGCAAAAAAGGACUUGGCUUCCUAAAAAAAUGCCAGGAAAAAUCUUCUUCAGCUCAUAAGAAGCAACUUUCACGAUUAAAGAGUUCGUGUAAUACAGCUUUUGUAAGUCCCCCAGUUCUAAAACAGAUUAAAAACAAAGCGUUACAUGAGAAAUACAUAGAUCAGCUACAUUUGAGGGAAGCCAGGAGAAAGGCAGCAUCAACAAAUAAUGCCAAGUGUGUUAAAAGCAAAAACGACAAAAACAACUGUCAUUUAGAAAAAGGAAAUGCAGUUAAAGCUGCAAAAGAUGCUCUGCUUUUUGAUACACAAGAAGCUAUCAAUCAGCUCCGACAGUCGAGCAAAAUAGACAUUGAUGACAUUGACUAUGAUUGCUUUCUUAGUGAUGAGGAUGAAGGUGAAGACAGAUUUUUAUAAUUUCUCUUCUUUUAAUCAGUCAUAAUCUCAUUUGUAACUAUAACAUGCUUCAGUAAUCUAGCUGAAAUUGUCCAUGUUUGAGUCCUGUAAUACGGCAGUAACAGGAUCCUAGUAUCCAUCUGAGGUACAACAUUUCUGUAAGAAAUAAAAAAUGCUGAUUCAUAUGGGUGUUCCUUUUAUUCCUGUGAAUUGCAUCACAUUUCAUUGUUGUUGGGUGAUUCAA